AUGACGGAGCUCGUCAACCCCAACCCGACGGUCUUCCGCGGCUCUCAGCACCAACAGCAGCAGCGGGGUGCGGCGGAGCUGCAGCAGGAGCAGGACGAAGACGCCCGCGACCCCAUCGAUGCGCUUGAGAUCUACGAUCACAUUCACACAAUACGCGACCCGGAACACCCGAACACGCUCGAGGAGCUGAAGGUUGUGGAGCCGCACCUUAUCACUGUGGACGAGUCGCGGAGCACCGUGCGGGUGCAGUUCACGCCUACUGUGCCGCACUGUAGCAUGACGACGCUAAUCGGGCUGUGUAUUAGUCUGAAGCUUCAGCGCUCGCUGCCGCGGUGCAUGAAGGUGGACGUGUACGUCACGCCCGGCUCGCACGAGCAGGAGGAGCAGGUGAACAAGCAGCUGAAUGACAAGGAGAGAGUGGCGGCGGCGCUGGAGAAUAAGAACCUCCUCAACGUUGUGGAGUCUUGCUUGUAUGAGUUCGAGUAA